AUGGGCAAAGGUAGUGGUAAUAAAACUGGCAAUAAAGAUAAAACUUCACGACGUAACGCAAGUGGUAAUAGCAAUCAAUAUGCUAAACCCCCUUAUUCCUAUAUAUCAUUAAUCACCAUGGCAAUCCAACAAUCCCCUAAUAAAAUGAUGACAUUAAGUGAUAUCUAUCAAUUUAUUAUGGAUUUAUUCCCUUUUUAUCGACAAAAUCAACAACGUUGGCAAAAUUCAAUUCGCCAUAGCUUAUCCUUUAAUGAUUGCUUUGUUAAAGUGCCACGUUCACCGGAUAAACCAGGUAAAGGUAAUUACUGGACACUCCAUCCUGAUUCGGGUAAUAUGUUCGAAAAUGGUUGCUAUUUAAGACGUCAAAAAAGAUUUAAA